CAAAUAGGCUAUGAGCCUUGGUUAAUGUGUAACACUCAAAGCACACUUGCACUUUGUUUCCCCAAAUAAGAAAUGUUAGACUUAAUGUUACUCAAGAUGGAUGGUUUUGUAGCCUACCAUUCCCAGGCACAAAUAUUGGUUGAAUACAAGUUGAAGAUGGGCUUUGUUUUCGUGCUAAUGUGCCUCAUCGCUCCAGUGCAGCAAACACCGCUUCCCUACACCAGCAUUUUGAAUCUCUCGUUCAAAAAUAUAGAGUUUGCUAUGGACCUUUACCGAAAAAUAUCCACUUACCACGACGAGAACAUCAUUUUCUCCCCUCUGAGCAUUUCCACCAGUUUUGCCGCCCUUUCCAUGGCCUCUGAUGGUCUCACGUACAAGGAGAUACUGAAAGGACUCAACCUGGACAAUUUGGAGCAAGCCGACCAGCCAGAUCUUAUUCCAAAGCUGUUCCAGAUGCUCCAUGGGAACAUCUCGCAGAAUGGAACGACUACACUGGACCAAGGGAUGUCCCUCUUUGUUCGCCAGCACUUUAGCAUAGAGAAGACAUUUGAGGAACAGAUGAAGUCCUAUUUUUAUGCAGACAUUAAGAGAGUAAACUUUGAAGACACAAAUGCAAGCAUCAGUCUCAUUAAUGAGUAUAUAAAAGACAAGACAAGGGGCAAAGUGGAAAAAAUGGUCUCCGGCCUUGACCCAACGACCGAGCUCAUGAUGAUCAACACUUUUUAUUUCCAGGGUGGGUGGAAGAUGCCUUUCAACCCCAACUUCACAUACAAUGCACCCUUCUACGUUGACAACUACAAUAUCCCACAAGUGCCAAUGAUGUUCAAAGAAGACAAGUUUGAAACUAUGGAAGACACUCAUCUUGGUGCCCGUGUGCUGAAACUGCCCUACCUGGAGGGUGUGUCCAUGCUCAUCCUGCUGCCAAACAAAGGAGUGGAUUACAAUACUAUCGAUGAUGAGAUCAAUGCAAAGAGGAUACUUGGUUGGAUCAAAAAACUGCAGAAGGCUAAACUGGAAAUCAACAUUCCCAAAUUCAAGAUGGAGGAGUCAUACUCUUUGCACGACAUUCUCCCAGAGUUGGGUUUCACCAGUCUCUUCAGUGGCUCUGCCAAUCUGACGAGGCUGAGCAAAGACAAAGGCCUUAAGGUUUCAGAGGUGCUACACAAAGCCGUCAUUGAUGUGGAUGAGGUGGGGACGACUGCAGCAGCUGCCACAACAAUUGGCAUUAUUCCCUAUUCCUUACCGCGGACCUUCAUUGUCAACCGCCCGUUUUUCUUCUUUAUAUACCAUGAAGAGACAAAAUCCCUGUUGUUUAUGGGCAGGGUGAUUGACCCCACCAAAUAGUAGCAGCUGUGACUCGCUGUGAUUUGUCUUUGGAAAUGUGUUGGCACUUGUUUAUUCAGGCCUAGCUUCUUUAAACGUCAGACUUUGAAAUUCUUCUGACAGUUUAUUAUGGGAAAGACUACCCAACAACCCGUGAUCUGUAAUAAAACGCAAAAAAAAAAUGCUGUUGUAUUUAUGUAUUUCACCAAGAAAAAGGACUUGCCCACUUGUGGCUCGUUGCAGUAUAAGUCAUAAAUAGCAUCUCUGUUAGCAGAUGAAAAUUGGACUGAAGUGCAAAGUCUUUGUCUUUGAGAUAAAGACAAUUUCAAGAAAAAAAACAAAUAAUAUUGUGAAAAGAUCCAAGACUCUGGCCCAAGUCCAAACCCCUACCCACCUGUGAUCUAUAAUGAAAUUCUAUUUAUACACUAUGGAUCAGUGGUGGGCCAUAAAUUUGAUACCUGCGCCUUCAGCGGUGACUUAUGCAACUUAAUCCACCUCUUAAUACCCCCACUGCCACGUCACAGUUAUAUAAACCAUCAAGAUUAUGCAAAGAUCAUUGACAAUGUGUGCAAACCUCUAUUGUCAGCCAUUUGAGAGUUUGACAGCAAAAGAACAGAAUACUUAGGUCACAUCAAACUCUCAAAUGGCCAACGUGUCCCGAACCUUCGGCGGCGGCCCACCACGCUCGGCCACCAGAGGACGGACCCCGAGACAAUCCUCUGUAAUAAGGAAAAAGCUUAACGUCCAUAAAGUCCAAAAUAUUGGUGCGAUCGUUCUGCUGUUUUCAGAGGUUGAAGUGCAUAAAUAGCAAUAUCCACAUACAUUUUGGUGAUAAUUGCAGUUUCAUGACAUUAACCAAGGUUAUAAGCUUUUUCUCCAUAGUGACCGUAUGGAGAGUCGUCUCCAAAAGCUCUCCAAUGAAAUUGAAGAUGUUCGAUUUUCCCUCGACUCCCCGGCAAGUCUCCAGGAAUCUCUAGACGACUCCAGGAGAUGUCUCCCCAACUAGCAAAAAGUCGAGUUGCCAUCAGGUUGCCAACUAUUUAUUUAAUACAUUAUAAAAGUCAGGUUUAUUGUCAGAAAACUACAUACCUUUUGUAACAGUAUGAAUACAAUAUGAGUAUUUCAUCUCAGAGGAAAGGAAUAUUAAAAACAUUUCACCUUU